GAUGAUUCGUAGUCCAUCGCCCAGUGGGACUCUUAAUACCUCAACUAAGACUUCGCACCACCAUUCACACGAGGGACCCGUUCGUGGACGACGCGAGAUCCAGGAGAAUGGAAAACGAACUACUGGUACAGGCAGUCGUCAUUCAAGUCACAGAAAAGACAGUCAUUCUCCACACCGAUCUCACUCCUCAAAGCACUAUCGACACGACUCAUCCAAGCUGCACCGCAAUAUUCAGAAGAUCCCUCAUAAAUCUGCUGGAAAAGUCAAAGAGCACUCGUCACGCCCCACACACAAAACGAAGCGCAAGAAGAAGCGUUCGCAUUCAAGCAGCAGAUCGUCGUCUAGCUCAACCGAGAACGAUGCAGAUUACGAAAUGCAUUUGAAGGCAAUGGCACUCGGCAUCCCUAAAGAAUUGAUUUCUAUGUCUUUGGAGGACCUGGAAAGGCUGCAGGAAGAAAGACAGCAGAAGAAGGCUCUCAUCAAAGUGCUGGAGACCCCUGAGGAGAAACGCGCACGCCGUUUGGCUAAAAAGGAAGCCAAGGAACGCUGGAGGCGCGAGCGAAUGGGGUGGGACAAGGAGUACUUGGGAUACACCAACGAAGAUAACCCCUUCGGUGAUCACCGCCUCUCCGAAUCGUUUGUUUGGAAGCAGAAACUUGAAUCUGAAGGCUUGGCUCAUCUUUCAAAAGAAGAGAUUCAAAGAAUACAAAAAAAGAAAAUGGAAGAGAAUAAGUUGGAACUGAAGUCAGUGCGGCGGCGUCGAGCUGAGCGGGAACGAGAACGCGAGGAGCGUGAAAAAGAGAUGGAAAUGAUGCAGAGGGACAAAGAAGCCGAAUAUUACCGAACGUGGGAGCAACAGGAAGACACAUUCCAUUUGGAUCAAGCCAAGUUACGUUCGCGUAUUCGAAUCGCUGAUGGGCGGGCCAAGCCGAUUGAUCUGCUAGCCAAGCAUAUUGCAGACCAGGACGAGGAUAUGAUGGAGCUCACCUCAGCGGAUCUGUCCGGCGUCAUCGACAUUCUCGAGCCUACACAAUUUUUGGUCGGACUAAGCAUAGAGGACUUAGAAGAUUUACUGGAGGACAUUAAAGUCGUUUAUAUGGAACUGGAGAAGGGUCGAAAUGCGGAAUAUUGGCGGGACAUCACCACAGUCGUCGAGGAUGAGUUGCAAAAACUACGGCGACUUGAGGAUCCAACCGCGGGUAUGAACGCACCCUACGGUGCUGAUAGUCGUGGUCGAACUUCAGCGACUAUCAGUCAAUCCGUAAUGCAAAGUGUUGCCGAGACUCUGAAGGGCAAAACAUAUCAGCAGCUAGCUGCUCUAGAAAAAAAGAUUGAGCCGAAGUUACGAGGUGGAGAAGGCGUGGAUGUCACCUACUGGGAAACUCUCGCUCAAUUCAUCCGCGCCCAAAUGGCACGUACGCGUUUGCGCGACAUGCAUCAAGAGAACCUCAAGCGAAAGCUUGAAUAUCUCCGGCAAUCCCAGGGAAUUCACGCCGAGCCCAUGUUCCCCAGCGGUGUUAGUGGACCUCCGACAGUGCCAAGUAUCUCCGACCCAUCUAAUUCAUGCACACUCAGCGAAGAUUCUAGACUAAUGCCUCCGCCUGCAGCGAUUAGUAAAAAGGCUGAACGCGAUGCUGAGCCUCCAGACGAGCCACCACAAGUUGAAGAUCCCCACAGUGCCGAAGCGAUACGUGCCGCCCGGGUAGCACAGUUCGAAGCAGCAGCGCGGGUCGAGGAAGAGUCGUACGAUCCAGCAUGCUACUCGCCUACCCCGGUUGACCCAGCCGAUCUGGAGUUAGAUGCUGUGGUGUACGCUCCGGAAGAUGACGUUCGCAAAAUUGAAUACCAGCGCGAAGAAAUUCUGCAAACUGGAGCAAUGCGGGCAUCGGAAGAGGAAGAACUCAUGCGUCGUGCUCGUGAGGGCAUGGAGGACGGAGAGGAUGCUCAGUUUUCGGUCACGAUUCCUGUGGAGGAUCAGUCCUUCUUGUGGUCUGACAAAUACCGUCCAAGAAAACCAAGAUUCUUCAACCGCGUCCACACUGGCUUUGUGUGGAACAAAUACAAUCAAACGCACUACGACUUGGAUAACCCUCCGCCCAAGAUUGUACAAGGUUACAAAUUCAACGUGUUUUACCCUGAUUUGAUUGACAAAACAAAAACGCCCACUUACACACUCACCCCAUGUGAAGACCCGUCAUCACGAGACUUUGCCGUGCUGCGGUUCACAGCAGGACCUCCAUAUGAAGACAUCGCUUUCAAAAUCGUCAAUCGCGAAUGGGAAUACUCUUACAAGCAUGGAUUCCGAUGUCAGUUUCAGAACAACAUCUUUCAACUGUGGUUCCACUUCAAACGAUUCCGGUACCGUCGGUAACCGCACUUACACCUACUACGGUGAUGUCUGGUGCACCUGGAGACAAACGCCUAGAAUUGACACUAUUUCUCUCUUAUUUUUUAUUCAGAAAUUUUGUGAAUAUGUACAUAAAUUUUGCGUGUAUACUUGAAUGCGAAUGGUGAUUUGUUGAAACACCGUUGUUCCCAUUAUGACAGCGGGGUGCUCGUUUGGCCUCGAGGUUUAUUAAUUUUACGCGGUUAACAGGCUAUCUUGAUAGGUUGGGG